UGUGAAGAAGCUGCUGACGGACGCCCUGAACAAGAACCAGUACCUGAAGAGGCUGGAGCUGCAGCAGGUCAAAGACAUGGUGGAGUGUAUGUAUGAGCGCACCUACCAGCAGGGGGAGUACGUCAUCACGCAGGGAGAACACGGGAACCAUCUGUUCGUCCUGGCAGACGGGAAGCUGGACGUGUUUCAGCACAACAAGCUGCUCACAUCGAUAACGGUGUGGACCACUUUCGGGGAAUUAGCCAUCCUGUACAACUGCACACGGACGGCAUCGGUGCGAGCCGUGAACAAAGUGCGGACGUGGGCUUUGGAUCGGGAGGUGUUCCAGAACAUCAUGAGGAGGACGGCGGAGACGCGACAAGAGCAGCACCGCAACUUCCUCCGAAGUGUUUCACUCUUGGCCAAUCUACCGGAGGACAAGCUCAGCAAAAUCGUGGACUGCCUGGAGGUGGAGUACUAUGACAAGGGGGAGUAUGUCAUCCGGGAGGGCGAGGAGGGCAGCACCUUCUACAUCAUCGCCCAGGGAAAG